AUGGAGGAGACCAAGAAAACAGAGGAUUCAGCAAAUGGCGAUCCUGUAGAUAUAAAUCCAUCUGCAGGAGUGGUUGUUAUUAACGAAAAUAUAGAUGCACGUGAAGAAAGUGGUAAAAUAGACCCCAGCAUCGACUCGGUUAAGGAUACGGUGGAUGAACCUAAGAAUGCACUCUCUGAACCAAGCACAGAAAAUGUAGAUGUACAAGAACACAAUAUAAUUAAACACAAUUGCAGCAUUGAUACGAUUGCAACAGAAGAAGUGCAAAGCAAAAAUAGCAUCUCCAGUAAGGAACUAGGUGAAUCUCCGAUAGAGAGUGUUUCCAUGGCAGAAACGGCUACACAGGCUGAAACGAUUGAUCCAGGAGCAACUGAAGUUGAAGCAAAACUUAACGAUUCUACGCCAACGACACUGGAACAAGUUUCCCAGAAAGUGUCCAUGGAAGAUUCGUCGAACAGUUUGAAAGAGGAAUUUAAAAAACCCAUGGAUAUCGCUGCUGUAGAUUCUGAGCAGGUGAUGGAGGUAGAGGAACAGACAGCGGCCAUUGCUGCUGUAACGGUACCGGUUCAGGAACAAAUCGCCACGGAACAGCAAAUAGAGUCAGAAGCGAUUAAAAGUAUCGCUAAUAGUUCGUUGUCAAUGCUGUCCCAGUACUCGGGAAGUUCCGAUUCGGAAGCUGACGAAUCAGACGCAGGCAGUGUGGCGGCUACAAAGGAAGUGGCGUCGUCAUCCUCUUCCGAUGAUAGUGAUGUAGAAAUUUCAAAUGAUAUCCCAAUAGGUGGAGGUUAUCGCGUACAAUUAGAUCCGGUACUGGUUAGCGAUGCUGAGACGAUGGAUACCAACGCUGCCUCAUCGGAAGACGAGGACGACAGAAUCCCCACUGGUCCAAUUCGUACUGCAGGGGAGAUUUUACCUCAUGAAUUACCUCACAUCGAGGAACUUACCAUAACCGUCCCGGAGACGGAAUGCAAACCAAUCGGGCAUAUUGAUUCGAUAGUAGCACAGAUCGUGCUAGUGCAGUCUGUCGUUGGUGCCGAAUUGCUUAAUCUGGACACGGUGUUGUUUCUGGAGCGUGGUAAACGCGCGUUGGGAAAAAUCUUCGAUGUCAUUGGGCAAGUAAAUCAACCGAUCUAUUGCAUACUAUUCAAUUCGAACCAGGAAGUUUUAAGCAGAAAUAUUGAAUUGGGUGCCGAAGUGUACUGUGCCCCUCGCACGGAAUACACCUCGUUUAUUAUUCUCUCGGAAUUGAUGCGAACAAAAGGAUCGGAUGCUAGCUGGAAGAAUGAUAACGAAAUUCCGGCUUACUUGGCUGAACAUUCCGAUGAUGAGGCUGAAAGAUCAGCUAAAAAGAAUCGCAAGAAAGGAGUUCGCAAUAAUCAACCAAUGCAGGGCGGCGAUGAGAGGUUGGAGUUUGCCGAAGAUCAAUCGUCUUCUGUGAACCCGCGCCAAAGACACAAUUAUCAUCAACAGCAGUUUCCGUACAGCUCUCGACCGCAGUUCCAACGACCGCCACCAAAUGGUGGCAGAAACUUUAAUCCUCGCUAUCCAUCUGGUCACAGUUGGCAUCACAAUUAUACAAACCCGCGUUACGGUAACCCACAGCAAUACCAACAACGCUUCCCGCAGCGAAACCAACAGUUUCAGCAGAUGCCGUAUUCGCAAACACCUCCACCUCAAGGAAGCCAAUUUUUGCUGAAUCCUUUCGCUGCACAGCCUUCAUCGAGGCCACCUCCACCAUCGGGACCUAACUGAUCAGGAGCGCUAUGUUUUUAUGA